AUGAGAGUGGGGUCUUGGAACAUAGGAACUUUGACUGAAAAAUCUGUAGAGUUAGCGAAGAUUCUCGAGAAAAGGAAGAUUAAUAUAGCUUGUAUACAGGAGACUAGGUGGGUAGAAGAUAAGGCGCGAAAUGUGGACAGGUUCAAACUAUGGUAUUCUGGGAGGGCGGGGGGCAGGAACAUGGUAGGUAUUUUAGUUGAUAAGGACCUCUAUGAAUUAGUGGUGGAGGUUAGGAGGGUGAAUGAUAGGCUGAUGACUAUUAAGCUAGUUGUUGGAGGUUUUACUUUGAACAUAAUCAGUGCGUACGCACCCCAAGCAGCCUUGGAUGAGGAAGUCAAAAGGCGUUUCUGUGAGGAUCUGGAUGAGAUGGUGCACGGUAUCCUGCAUACCGAGAAGCUUUUUAUAGGAAGAGAUUUCAAUGGCUACAUUGGAGCGACGUCUGGGGGAUAUGAUGAUGUGCAUGGUGGCUAUGGUUUUGUAUAUAGAAAUAGAGGAGGAACGUCUCUGCUGGACUUUUCUAGAGCAUUAGAUUUGGUGAUAGCAAACUCGAGUUUCCCGAAGAAGAGGGAACACUUGGUCACCUUCAGGAGUUCGGUGGCCGAGACUUAG